AUGACUUUCACAUAUCCCCAGCCCGCCGAAGUGGCCAUACAUUACGGCGAUCUCACUAUGAAAUUUAAGCUCGAUGGAUCCAAAAGCGCUAUCCGACUUUUUGAAAGAAGCGACGCUUCUCUCAGGCUAGCUAUUGCCGGAAGUCACGAUCUCACACUAGAUACGCCUAUGUUCAAGAAGAAAGUUGCAGAAGCAAAUGAGCCUUUGGAUCCAAGAUUAGUCCGGAGAGUAUACGGCAGUCAUUAUGAAAUCAGGAGCGUGUUUGACAAUAGCAAGGUUAUACUACUGGGCGAAGGAACGCAUCAUUUUACUGUGCGGACUAGAGCUUCAUUAAUCAUCUAUGCCAGCCCACACACUCCUUCCCUUGGAGACUGGUGUUUUCAGUACCGCCCCGGCCAAGGCCAUGAAUUUGCGAUUACGAGCGAUGUUGAUGUGGCCAUCACACAUGAACUGCCUAAAGGCAUCAUGGAUUACGCUAAUGGUCAACGUACAGGUAGUUCGGAUCUAUUUGGAGUUGUUGCUCGGGCCCAGACCGCGCAUGCACUGCUUUGGUCACAUCCACAAGGACUGGGUUGUAAAACUCGUUGCAUGGAGGGAAGGUUUCAGUGAGGAACCUUCUCAUAUGACUGGCAUUGACAACGAGAAUUCACUUGUGGUUGGAAGGCUUUCUGAUAUUAUCCAGGAGAAGACCCACAAGACCUUCUACAUGACCAGCCACCGCAACAGCGACCCGCAUACAAUUCAAGAUGGCACCCAUGUACUAUUCGUCAAUGCUGCUAUUGAGGGUACUACUGGAGAAUAUUCGGUGUAGCCGCCGUGGUUAGUUGGCCUCGAGCUUCCGAAGGUUUAAGCUGGUCUUGCCAUAUACGAUCUUAUUUGAUCUCAUCUUUUCAUUCAAUGCUAAUAAAACCAGGUCAGCUUCCAUAUUGCAAUACCAAUUACAUUAAAAUUACAAAUGAAAGGAACAUUUUCUAGCGGGUAUCCUGCUACGAUG